AUGAGAUUCAUGAUUUCCUCAAUCACCAGCAUGGCAGUGGCACUCGUCUGUCAAUUGGUUAUCUUUGCAGCAGUUGUGGUUGCGGCAGCAGAAGAUACUAGCAACUUGGUGGACUUGACACACUAUCAUGUGACUACGAAUGUGCAAUCUCGGCUAUUGAAGACAACAAUUGACAUGACAUUUCGUCGUCGCGAUCUUGAUGAUGAUGAUGACACCAUGACGAUGACUGCUACAAUGAAUAACACAAACACAACAACAGCACAAUGUGGACCAAUCAUACACACCAUGACGUUGCAGCUUCCCCGAUUGGCCCGUGUCCAAAGUCUGGAAAUGGAUCUUUCGGAGGACUGCAAAUUGGAUUCACAAGUUCAAGGAAUCCAGCAAGCCCAAGAUACCUUUGAGGACAUGGUAUCCCAAGGCAAACCAGCUGCUCUCUUGACGGCAUGGGACAUGUCCAACUACAAGUUGCAAGUGGUGCUGCCACCGCCACCACGGAGGUCCAAUGCCAAUACUACUACUACUACUAUUGAUGCAGCUAAUUUUACCACCGCUGUCAUGGACGAAUCGUCUACUACGAAGGUCAAGCUGACGUAUACCGAAUUGCUCGUUCAAAAGAAUCAUCAAGUAUCCUUUCAACUGCCACUCUUUCCUGGUAUGGCUGUCUCAGAUUCCUUGGAAUUGGAUUUUAUGGUCCAGGAUGACACUGCGGGCAUUGUCGAAUUGAAAUUUUGGAAUGAGGAUGAUCUUGGCAAUGUGCGCAAACUAGGACUGUUACAAUCCAACCAGCUCUCAUUGAAUGUUACUCAAGUGGAUUCCAACCGUGCCAUGGCCCAUUUCCAAGAGAGCAACUUGGCAGAGGACUCGUCCCUUCCUCGUCUGGUCCGUGGAUACUUUCAACCAGCCUCUCUUCCGGACGCUGGAGUCUUUACCAUUCCCUUGCAAGAAGAGGACAAGGAAGAACUUUGCUUUACCCAUGUCUUCAAUCCUUCUGACUUUUUGGCCACGGUGGGCAGCUUGGCCAAAAAUAUGGUCUUUGUCAUUGACAUUUCCGGUUCCAUGAGUGGGGAUCGGUUGGAAAAUGCCAAGGUGGCCUUUGCUUCCAUGGUUUCGUUACUAGUCGACAAUAAGGAUGCCUUUGCCGUUCAGACCUUUUCCACUUUGGGAACGGAAACUCUAUGGGGACCAGCAGUGGCCAAUCCGUCCACCAAGCAAGAGGCUGCAAACUUUGUCCAAUCCCUUAAUACGAUCGGGAGUACCAACCUUCAUGAUGCCUAUCUCGAUGGGAUUUCACAUGCACGAUCAAUGGCAACUGAUAUUGUCACUUCUACUGCUACUUCAGUACCCAUUCUGGUUGUUUUGAGUGAUGGUGGGGCAAGUGAGGGUAUCACUGACCGUACUUCCAUUGCCAAAAAUGUUGGCGAGGCAAAUUCGGAAGGCCAGGUGAAGAUCUUUUCUUUGGCCUUUGGCAGUUCUGCCGAUGUGGAUUUGUUGACUGGGAUUGCCUUGCAAAACGGAGGCAAGGUCCUUCAAAUCUACGAAGGCUUUGAUGAUACCGUUCAACAAAUGGAAGACUUUUACAAACAAGAAUUGGAACAGAUUGUCUUAUCGGAUAUUGACAUUUCCUACUUUCAACAGGAUGGUUCCGUUGGUGUUGCUUCUGCGAAUGCUGUUGCUGCUUCUGCUGCUUCUGCUGCUUCUUUGCUGCCAUUGUCCAUUGUAGAUGCCACAGCUUCUCGCUUUCCAGUCUUGGCCAGUGGCUCGGAAUUGGUCAUUCGAGGAAAGGUGGCUCGGUCCGAACUACCAACCGACUCUUCGAGCUUUUUGCAGGCUAGCAUAUCGGCUCUUUCCGCUAUUGGUAACCAAGACUGGUCGCACCAGUAUGAUCUUUCCUUGCCCAACCUAGACAACAAUGACAGCGCAAGUACAAACCCUCCUCCUUUGAUUGUCAAUGACUGUGAACAAGCCUUUGCACACGCUCGGAUAGAGGAACUCUUGGACUAUCGCAAUGCUGAACGGGUAUUGGGAGAGGAUCUUACUACCAGUACAGCCAAUGCGGGUACCACUGCAUCCUUUGAAGAACAAGCAAGAAAUAUCGCCAUUGAUGCGCAGUUGGUUUGGCCAGGACUGACGGCACUGGUCACCGUCGAGAAUCCGGCAUGCCAGCAGCUUCUUCCACAAGCGGAACAAGAAAUUGAAGGGAAUGUAACAUCGCAAGUUUGCUACAGUGGUGAAUCUGGUAGUGGAGACUAUGGUGGGGCCUAUUCUGAUGAAUCCGCUGGUGGGUACCGCUACGGAAGCUCGUCGAGUACCUCAAAGAGGCGGAUGAACGGAUGGUGGUCCAUGGCAAGUAUCUUGUCUGUCACAGUCUUUAUGUUGCUCGGUUAA